AUGUCUAAGCCCGGCGUUGCUCCACCCGUGAAUAGCGCUGCCCGCCUCUCCCACGCUUUCUUCAAUGAUCAGACUCUUUCAGAUGUCCGCAUUGAGUUCAAUGAUCAGCACAUCUUUGGGCACAAGGCCAUCCUAGCCCGCCAAUCAGAAUACUUCUUUCGAGCCUUCACUGGUCAAUUUCCAGUUGCUUCCAGCGGAACUAUUUCUCUUGGUGACGACGAUGACCCGAAAGCAAUCCAUGCCAUGAUUCGCCAUCUCUACGACCUUCCUUACGAUCAGGCUUCCGUGCUCUUCUCAAAUUCGGCCAGUGCGGACUUGAUGUUCCAUAUCAAUGUUUUCGAGGCUGCCGACAAGUACGACGUUCCUUCGUUGCGUGCACUCGUUGUUGGCAAGUUUACUGGAUUGAUGGAACAAAUCUGGUCUGCCAAAAGAGAAGAGGUUGGCAAGGCUAUACAGCGUCUCUGUGCACCCGGUGCUGUCAGCUUUGCGGAUAAAUCACUCCAGGCAUCAGCUGCUUCGUUCUGUUCUUCGCACAUCAUGGACUUGAUUCAGAUUGACAGCUUUGUCACGAUGCUAGAGGAGGGAGAACCUUUCGCUGGCCGCCUCCUUACCGCUGUUCUGAGAGGCAACUCUGGGAGUGUGAUCCGAACUAGCAAAUGCAGCAAAUGCGAAUCGCUGCCAGACAGUACUAUCCAGGCCAAUCUGAGCCAGAAAUGCAUAGGUUGCGUCUCACGUUCUGCAUAUCCCCACGAAGCUGGUUUUGGUGGUCGUUUUGGCGGAUCUCCUGGCAGUGCAUCACCAACCACACUUCAACACUACAAGAACUUUUUGCCGCUUUGA